AUGAUCAAACCACCCUUCGCACCCACCCCUCCUCCCUUCCUUUUUUUUCUUCUCCAUCUUUCCCGUCUUCAUGCGACCCAAUCACUGCCCAACAACCCGCCUCAGAGUUUGUGUACUUUCUUCCUCACCAUGGAUUUCCCAAACGUAGCCCGAAUCAGCUCUAGCCCGCCACAUUCACCGGAAUACUCUCUAACCAGAAUGCUCCCAAAAACUUGUAAGCAAUUGUCGAAUCAGACAUAA